AUGGCAAGUGCAAUCAAAAAUGUACCACAAAAAAUGGCUAUCAAUAGUUGCCAUACAUAUUUUUGUAAUAAAGUAGCUGGACCAUCAGCACUUAUGUAUCGAGUAAAAGAUAUUUAUACAAGUGAUAAUUUAUGUAUUCGAGAAGUUGCAGUAUUACAAGAUGAUAAAUUAGCAUUCAAAACAGAAGUUUCAUUUCAUGAGGAAUGUCGAGAAUCAAUAGCACAUCAAUGUCAUAUGCCUGUAACACCGAUGCCUGAUUUUUGUAAUUCAUUAUCAGAAGCAAUUAAGCAAUUAUUAGAAAACAAUGAUGAUGAAAUUUUUCCAUUAUCACUGGAAAUUCACGAAUACGCUAAUGCAAUAUUAUUAAAUCCUAUAAAUGAAAUCUUUGAUAUUCGUAUUGUUGAUGCUGAUACAUUUGCAAUAGCAACAAUGAAAGGAUUUUUUACUAAAAUUUGGGCUAAAACAAGGGAAAAAAUUGAUGAAAAUUUAAAUCAUCACAAAUUAUUGGCGACAUAUUUCAUCGAAACAACUCUUCUACCAUCUAUGUUACGAUAUCAUAUUAGUCGUGGUUUUACACCUAUUGAAUUAAAACCAGUUGAUUUUUGUUUAUGGAUUCAUAGUAAUGAUAUUAAUAGCAAUGAAUGGCUUCUAUGCGAAAAUCAUUUUUCAAUCGCAAGUAAAAUAUCCUCUCGUUCGGUUGCAUUCAAUUAUGAAUGA